AUGAAAACUAUCAUUGCUUUUGGAACCCUCGUCGCUGUCGCGCUGGCAGUUCCGGUUCCUCCCCCACAAGAGGCAGUGGUGCUUCUCAAGGAAAGUCCUUCCGAUAACGUUGGUCUAGGCAAUUACAAUUAUGGUUACGAACUAUCAGACGGACAGAGUAAACAGGAAACUGCUGAACUCGUUGCUGGAGGAACGGAUGGGCAGUUCCUCAAGGUUCGAGGUAGUUUCUCGUUCGUCGAUCCACUUACCAACGUUGCAUACACGGUGAAUUAUCUCGCCGAUGAAAAUGGUUUCCAUCCUGAAGGACAGCAUCUUCCCCACGCUUAA